AUGAUGACACCGAUCCAAUCACCAAUCACCGCUCCAUCAUUGUCAUCUCCCACAAUGACUUCUAUUCCUCUGUCUGAAUACGCAAAUAUAUGCGCAGUAUCCGAAUUCUCAUCUUCAUGGAUGCAUACCGCCAACACCGUGUUCUUUUUCAUAUUCCUCACUCUCAUGUCAUUGAUUCUCAUCAUGGGAGCAAUAGACGGUUACAAAACAAUCAAGGAGGAACGUCAACGAUUCCAACCCCCCAAUCCAAACGACACGGAGGAAGGACGCGAUGCACGCCGAAAAAUCUGGGAGAGAGUCGAGAGCGAGAUUCUGACCGUCUACGUGACUACGAACCCCUUGCUAUACAAGUAG